GCGUAGCAUCAGAACACGAGGCGGUUUGAUCGAGUGUUACUUUGCUCGCGGUAUUUCUGACACUAAAAAAAGACCCCCAAAAAACUCCUCUCGAACAACUCCAAAAUAGUCCAACAUGGAUACCGAAGACUUUGUGCUCAAGAAUAACAGCGAAAGAGUUCUCCUUUCUCCCGAAAGGGAGAAUGGCUCGCCUCAAGAGAGUGAACUAGAUGAGCGCGAAGUUCAGCUUGAAGACGAGAGAGAGACUUGGGGUAAAAAAGCCGACUUUCUCUUGUCUUGUAUCGGCUUUGCCGUAGGUCUCGGGAAUGUAUGGAGGUUCCCCUACCUCUGCUACGCCAACGGAGGAGGCAUUUGUCCUUGUUCCACACCAUCAGCCGUUUCCCUGAGACUCCCCGGGGAAAAUUACCAGGAGCGUUUCUUCUUCCUUACUUGAUCAUGUUGGUGCUAUGUGGUAUGCCCAUGUUUUUCAUGGAACUCUCUGCUGGCCAGUACUUCAGUCUGGGCCCUAUUGGGGUUUGGGGUGCUAUCUGCCCUCUCUUUAGAGGUAUUGGCUUUGCCAGCAUAGUGAUCUCCUUCCUGGUCUGUGUGUACUAUAACGUGAUCAUUGCCUGGUGCCUGUACUUCCUUGCCGUGUCCUUCCGCAGUGAGGUGCUCUGGAAGCACUGCGAUAACUGGUGGAAUACGGACAAUUGUUAUGCUGGGAGGAUCCCAGAAAGCAUGUCAUGUUCUCUUGGGAGUGGAAGUAACAAUUCGCUUGUCAACUCUACACUAGCUAAUGCAACUGUACUGGCUGCCAAUGCAACAAACGCCACCACAGAAUGUCUCUUUCCUGAAAACCAAGUAUCUCCGUCAUUAGAGUUCUGGGAGAAUUAUAUCCUAAGACUGAGUGAUGGCAUUGGUGAAGCUGGAGAGAUCCGUUGGCAGAUCUUGGUGUGCCUGAUUCUAGCCUGGGUUGGUGUCUACUUCUGCAUGUGGAAGGGGGUCAAGUCAUCUGGAAAGGUGGUCUACUUCACAGCCACGUUUCCCUAUCUGGUAUUGUUCAUCCUGUUUGUGCGUGGUGUCACCCUCCCAGGAGCAGACAAAGGGAUUGCAUUCUACCUUAAGCCAGAGUGGCACAGACUAAAGGACCCUAAGGUUUGGGUUGCUGCUGCCACACAGAUCUUCUACUCUCUUGGGAUUGGCUUUGGCUCCCUUGUUGCCAUGGGCAGCUACAACAAGUUCCAUAACAACAUUUUCAAGGAUGCCAUCAGCAUUUCUCUGAUCAACUGUGGCACCAGUGUGUUUGCAGGCUUUGUCAUUUUCUCUACUCUUGGAUUCAUGUCUCAUGUACUAAACAAGCCCAUUGAAGAGGUUGCUAAUUCAGGUCCUGGACUUGCAUUUGUUGUGUACCCAGAGGCCAUUGCACAAAUGCCCAUCUCUCCUCUAUGGGCGAUCCUUUUCUUCUUCAUGAUUCUCACCCUGGGACUUGACAGCCAGUUUGGCAUGAUGGAAGCAGUCAUUACAGGCAUUAUUGAUGAGUACCCUGUGUGCCGGAAACGCAAGGAGUUGUUCAUUGCUGUGGCAUGCUUUCUGUGCUUCCUGCUUGGAAUAACCAACGUUACUCAGGGUGGAGCAUAUGUCCUCAAUCUGUUUGACUAUCAGUCUGGUGGCGUUUCACUGCUUUUCCUGGGAUUCUUUGAAACUGUCUGUCUGGCAUGGAUAUAUGGUGCUGAUCGUUUCUCUAAAGACAUUGAGGACAUGGUGGGCUCAAGGCCAGCUGCAUGGUGGCGUUUUACUUGGAAGUUCUGUGCACCCACUGUCAUGGCAGGCAUUUUCUUCUACAGCAUUAUCUUUUGGCAAGGGGUCAGCUAUGGCAGCUAUAAGUACCCCCAGUGGGCGGAGUUCUUCGGCUGGGUCAUUGCGCUGUCCUCUAUGUUGUUCAUUCCUGGAAAUGCUAUUUAUAUGAUCUGGAAAACUCCAGGGACCCUAAGAGAGCGUGUAACAUUCUUACUUAAACCUGACCGGAAUAUCCUACAAGAGAUUGAGAGAAGAGAAGGACUGUCAAAGAGAGUUGAAGUCCUUAAGGUUUAACUUGAUAAAAAGAUGUACAUAUUUUCCACUGACUACCAUUACAACAAGACCAACCAGACUUAAAACAAUAAAAUUGACGUUCCUUGUUUGAAGUAUAACUUUGUACAAAAUAUUAUUUAUUCAGAAGAAUAUGAACAGCAAAAUAUACUAACUACAUCGAAUCAACAUCACGGAAUAAUAAUUGGUAAAUGAAGUUAAGUAUAGUUUAUACAAAUUCCAUGUGUUUGAAAAUGAACAAGUGUCACCGAAAAGCUAUUUAAGUUGAGUUUAAAAUUGUAAUUCCAGGGAACUUUUGUUUAAAAGUUGGCUUACAUACUGUUUCAAAAUAUAUUUUAUUUUACAUUUACCAAAAACAUUUACAUUCACAUAAUAAUAGACUACCAUAUAAAACAGCCAUAUUGUAGUUGCAGUAUUUAAACAGGUGUUAAAGAUAUUAAAUCAGUUUGUAAUAAAUAAACCAACAAACAA